AUGCACCCUCGCCCUCUUCCUUUCUCUCCAGUGCACACAUUUCCUGCUAGCUACAAAGCAGCUGACCUUACACUGAAGCUGCAUACUGCACAGAGGAGAGUGGGGUGAAGGGAGAGGAGAGGUGACAGUGUGACUAUCUGCGAAAAGCCUGCAUGGCAAAGGCAGUGGGAGGGACAAAAAGGACUGGACAAUACCUACAACACAAAGAAGAAAAAACGCUGCCAAAAACCAGGACAGUGGAGGACUACUGCAGACGAUGAGCUCCAUCUGACAUCAGGGGGAGAAAAUCAACACCAAGUAAAGGAAUGAAGUUUUCAUGGACUGUCUCCUGGAGACAACUCAUUGGAAGAUGUAGUCUCUGAAAAGCCCAAUUUCUAAAAAAAUCUCACAUCAGUGGAUCAGCUUUCACCUGUAAGUAUAGCUCCUUACUUUGACUUUACACCCAGAUGCCAGAGUCAAAUUUUUCCACAUGUUGGUUUAAAUAUUGGUUUCUAUUCAAAAUAUUGCAGCUUUACACAUAGUUUUUGUCCACAGAGGUUGACCUCUGACCAUGCAGGCUCUGAUCUCAGGUGGAGGCUUGGUUGAAUUCAUCAGCCUGAGGUGGAAAAAGCAAAUUACACACACCUGAUACAUCGUCCUUUACCUGGUUACACUCAAACUGAAAGCAAUCAGAGCGCCCAUCAGGCAAGGACCAGAGGUCAGCUCUGUUGCAGGAUGAUGAUCUUUCACUGCCAACUUUAAAAUCUUUAUCUAAUCAGGGCUAAAAUAUAUGCACAUAUAAAAUUAGCUAUAAUAAACACACACGUCAAUUAAAGAGAGGUUGCGAUUUUUGUGAUGCAAUUUCAUUGUUAUUUCAAGCAGGAAAUUUGACCCCAAUUUCGAGAGAAAUGCAUUUUUUCACUCCAUUUCUUUCCUUUUUUAUCAUCAGCAGGAAUUAACUGAUUUUGACUUGUUUCAUUUUUUUUUUUUCAUAAGAUUUUUUUUUUUUUUCAGCUUUCACGGUCUUCGUGCACAUCAUACACCGGUCAAAACUGACCCGUCUUUUGAAGGUGUGACUCAGAAAAUGUAGCCAUAGAUAUUGAGUGACAGAACCAGGCAGAGGGGAGGUCACUGAAUCAUCAUGCAGACCAUAAAAUGACUUGUUUCAUCGGCUUUUCAGGCCAGUCUACUGUGACCACCAUGCCCCUGUUCAGCUGGAUGAAAUGGACCACUGAAACAAAAGCGCAAGCUGAGACUGAGGAAGCCCCUUUUAAGACCCCUGAAGUUGUGCCCAGUCGUAUGCUAAUCAGAGAGCUCCUGUGGCAUGUGGAGGAACGAGAGCGGCUGGCAAGGGAACUGGAGCGGGAGAACAGGCUGACCCACAGUGCUCUGGGCACCCACUGGUUCCAGAAGUACCCCAGGUUACGGACUCUCAUCCCUACAUCUGAGCUCCACCAGCUGGAGUUCCUCUGUGCACAGAUCCCUCUUGUCCAUGCAGCCACCGUGCUCUCCAGGUAUUUGCAAGCAGCCAUGCCGUGCUCCAUCCUCACAUUAGUAUGCUGUCAACAGUGGCUAGCUGCUGCUGCAUCAACACAAGGCCUGACAGCAGGAAAAGCAGAGAAGACCUAAAGGGAUGAGAAGGGAAGGAGGGCAGGCUGCCAAGAAAGCCAUUAUGUGUUACUGUCACAAAGGAGGGCAGCUUGGGUGUGAAGGUGAAGGGUGCCCUGUAAGGCUGAGUGAGGCCAGACUGCUGGGGUUUUCAUAAUCUUUGUUCAAGUAAUAAUGAUAUAAAAAAAGGUUUUUCCACAUGGCUGAUCACAGUGACCUACUUGUUUUAUUUUCCAUAAAACUCGAUGCUGGGUCACUACUCUGUCCUUACACAACCAAAUAACCGGAGAAUGACCUAUUUAGGAGGAAAUGCGUUAUGCAAAGAGUAUACAGGUCAUUUUGAGAGGGUUCAACAACACAUAAGACACAGCUCACUAAAAAUGUAGGAUGCUGAUACUGUGCUGAUACCAAUUUUGCACCUUCAACAAGUGAUUCAUUAAAAUUGAUUGGUUGUGUCCUUUCACAGGUUUCGUGAGGUGCUUGCCACUAACAACAUAAAGCCCUGGGAGUUGGCAUCUGUCUUCAAACAGGUACUGAGGGACUUUCUGAGUCAAAAACAUUACGAGGGAAAGGACAACCUCUCAGUGCACCCAGCACAGCUCCGACCAAUGGAGGCUUGGACCAGCCGCUACCAAAUAAAGCAGGGUUUUGUCACACCCACUGUCCCAAACUGUGGAGACCACCAAAGGGAGGAGAUCCCGACGAUAUCUGGAUAUGUAGACAGGGCCAUGCGGCACUCUGGUUCAAAUUCAGGUCUCAACAGAGACUGGGACCUUCCUUAUUUCUACCCAGUUCCUCUCAGAUCCACAGGGGCAUACAGCACUACACUAUAGCUGUUUUUACACAGGUACAUAUGUAAACAUAAACAGCAGAGAAUUUGUGGUUUUAUCAUGCAACAAGUGCAAACCCAGAAAAGGAACAAGCUGAAUUUCACAUCUGAGACCGAAGAGGGAGGACCAGAUGUGUGCACAUGUUUGGUUACAUGUAGCAUGAAUUCAGAAACAAAAUCUGUAAUCAUGGCAUAGGUCUCUGUUACUUCGUCACCUAUCCUGUUGUAAUCAUUCAUAACACAGACUUUGGCAGCAUGCUUUUUUAUGUCAUGUCCUGCCUCUCAUGAUUUAUCUCCACUCCCCAAUCUACUAUCCCCCUCAUCUGACAGUAAAAGGUCCCAUUUUUAGAGACAUGUAUUCAAGCAACUCUGGACAUUUUCAGGGGCAGAAGAAGGACAAUGCUACUCAUAACAUCUAUGGCCAUAUUCUUGCAGUGACUCAAAUCUUUUAAAAUAUGGAGACAAUUUUGAGCUUGAUGCACAAUUUGUUUAACUUUUUAAGUACGGUAGCUUUUCACCUACUGAUUUCAAUCCUAAGUCAAUGGUCCAAUAGCAUUUUUGCAAUGGCAUACCCCUGAUAUAACCUUGGUGUUACAUCUGGGUAUGUAAUUCAAGGAGGAUUGUUAGGAAGUGGGAAUGAGUCUCAAGGCCUCUGAGUGGACACACCUUGACAAAAGGUACCAACCAGUAGGCCUGUCGCGAUAAUCAAUAAAUCGCCUUAUCGCUCGAUAAAUAAAAACGAGGUCGAUAACUUUGCCAGCCUCGAUAAUUAACGUGCGUUUGUUUUCCUCCUCUCUUGCUACCAAACACGCUGGAUGAGAGAAGAGGUCUCACUCUGCGCAUUUUUCUCGGCACCUGGGGGCGUUGGCUCUAUGGCGGAAUGAACGGAGUCAGUGAACCCUCCUGUCAGUCAUUCAGUAUCUUUGUCACGGGGGGCGCGCGCACAGGUACACGUAGGCGCGCACAGGCACACAGACAGACUUUUGGAUACAGUGCUGCAAGUGAGCGUCGUGAGUGAAAAGCAAGCAAACAGAAUGAACACGACAGCUUUGGUGUCUAAACCGAACUCAACAGCCCAAGUGUGGGAAUAUUUCAGCUUUAAACCAGUUUUGUUUUCGUCAACCACAAAACUCCACGUGUGCGCGCGCGCUCGUGUGUGUCUGUGUGUUGGAGGAGCACAGCAGGCUGAUGAGAGCUGUCAGAGCGGACUGAAGCUGCUCCUAUAUGUUUAGCGUUUAACUGACUGAGUUUUGCAACUCUGUUCGUCAUUUUCGUCUCGUCCCAUCAACGUAAACGCACUUUCGUCUCGUCACAUUUUAGUCAUCUCCGACUUAUGUUUAGCUCGUCAACGAUACGUCUUCGUCGUGGGUAAAAUUAAAGUUUAUCACUUUUGACACGGUGUACUCGCAUUAUUAUGCCAUUUGAUAUCAUUAUCUAUAAUUUAAAAAACGGUGUCAAUAAUAUCGUUUAUCGGCAAUAAUUUGUAGCACAAUUAUCGUCCAGCAAAAUUUGUUAUCGUGACAGGCCUACCAACCAGUUUACAAUUAAAAUAAACAUUUAAAAAGUCUUAUUCAGAAAUCCAUGUUUGACAUUUUUUUGUGACUUGGACAAAUUCACAAAUAAUUAAGCUUUAUUCCCUGUCCUGGUUUUAUUGCUUGUACCUUUAAAGUGUGAAACUGUCAACCUGUGACUGACUGACACAUUUUCUUCUGCCAAAAAUAUGACAUUUUGAACAGUAAAACCUACGAUUUAUAUUAUCUUCAUAAACAGCCCUUCAGAAAAAAAUUCAAGUAUUUCAAAAUAUAGAAAUAUUAGAGACAACCCAGGACAAUACAGUUUGUUCUUACAGUAGACUUUCCUUGACUUAAGACGUUUACUAAUUUAUUUUUUUUAAAAGCUCAGCUGAAGUCAUAGUCAUUUUUUUUAAAUCCUAGUUUGGCUUAAUCAGUAUUGCUACAAACUUUACCAUGGAGAAAUCACACUGAAGUUUUGGAUGGUGCACCACAGCCUACCCAUUACACACAAAAAAAUAAUAAAAACUUCUUAAUUCCUCAUUUACACUUUUAUAUGCUAGUAUGCUGUCAAAGUGAUUCAGUUGGCCUCCAUUAAUGACGAAAACUGCAGUCACUUUAGCAUUAUUCGACCGUUAAGCUAGGUUUCUCUGGCGGGAAUGCUAGCUUGUGGGUCCGUGUACUUAACGGCUAACGGAUUUUCGUUUUCAAAUGAAAAAACGAAACGACCAGUAAGGAAGAUAUUCAUUCAAAUGUUAUUUCUUUCUUCAUUUAAGUAUAAGAAUCCAUUGGCCGCCAAGUAGACGGACCCUUGAGCAUCGUUAAAAGACUGUUAACUAGCUGCCAUCUCACCCAGAGCCCUGCGACGACGGUUCGUCCAUUUUGUUCUCCUUCUUUUCUGUCAUACGCAAGAAGAUGGCUUAGAGAUAGAAGCGCGCGAGGCACGUAAUGGCGGUAACGACACUGCCCCUUAGUGGUUAAAUGCAGAAACGUAAAAAAAUCACCAACAAAUAAAUAAAAGAAACUGUAAAAUAAAAAGCUUUUAGUUAAAGACAAGCAAGAUGGUUUUGUCGGUUUUAUUUAGUUAUAUCAAUGUAUUGUAAUUAUCAAUGCAUUACAUAAGUUGUACUUCAAUAUUGUAAUCUUGAGAACUGGAACCAACACUACCAACCUUUAGUCUAUUUUGGAGGUUGGAUAAUGUAUAAAAACAUUCACAUUUUAGGAAAAAAUGAAGAGCUAUAAAAUGAAACUACUACUAUAGGUGUAAACUUCUGAUAUUUCAUUAUGGGCUUUAAGUAACCCUUAACCAAUAACAAUGUUCAUGUAUAGGAUUUUGUGAUAAAAAAUAAAAAUAAAAAAGUUUUGAGUACAUUUUUCUCACUGUCAAGAAAAUACCACAAGUGAGACAUCGCAGCUUAUUGGAGUAGAUUUUUUUUUAAUUACAGUAUGCAAAAAAAAAAAAAAAAUCACACUAAGGCACUGGCCUUACAUCUCAGUUUGGCAGGAAAAUCACAAUUAACUACAAAGGCUUUAGCUAAGCAAUGCACAACGCAAUAACAGUCAUGAAACGAAAUUUGUAAUUUUCACUUUUAAACUUUAUUCAGUAUUUAUGUAAUAUACCAUAGUGUAAUAAAAAAUUGACAAAAUGAAGCUGAAAA